ACUGGAUCAAAUUAAUUUCUGGCAGAGGUAUUUUUUCAAGUUGUAACCGGGAAACCGAGUGACGUUGUUGCAGUGAUGGUGGAGAGCAAAUCUUGGAGGGAAAGAACGACGCUAAAGAGCAUUUUUAGAUCGCUAGCUACGAUGAAUUGGCGCUAUCACAUAUCAACACUAGCAAUAAUAUCACAAGCCAUCAUGGCCAGCUUACUCUUCAACUUGGUCAUGUUUCAACAGACUAUCUCCUCAAAAAGCUUAAUUAACCACGAGAUUUUCACAGCCGUUCAACAGAUGCUACAAAAGGCUACUCCUGAGCUGAUCUAUAGGAUAUUUUAUGCUCUUUACCACGGUGUCGAAUCACGACUUCUCGAAGCUAUCUACCCUGCACUUAAGUCCCAGCAAGAUUUACUGCGAUACAGGCACGAAUAGUAUUUACAAUCGCUGCCAACUACAAUGUUUUUGUCAAGAUGUCUGUUUGUUUGGUAGAGAUUUGGAUAAUACCAAAAUUUCAACCAUA